AUGGAGGAGGAGCCGCACAUUGAGCGGCUUCCCGCCGACCUCCUGGCGCACGUGCUCUUCCUCCUCUCCUCCUUCCACGAUCUCGCCAUGGCCGGGGAAGUGAGCCGGCGGUGGCGCCAGGCGGUGGGCCGGUCGCUGGCGUCCCGGCGGCGGCUGAGCUUCGCGGGGCAGCGCACGGGCGACGACUCCGCCGCACGCCUCAUCCGCGCCGCCGUCAACCUCCGCGACCUCGACGUUUCGCGGGGCUGCUGGGGCUGCCACAUCACCGACGGAGGGCUGCUGCAGAUCUCCACGGCGGAGUGCGUCGGCAAGCUGACGGCGAUCUCGCUGUGGGGAUUGGCCGGGAUCACUGACAAGGGCGUCGUUAGUCUGGUUUCAAGAGCCCAUUCUUUGCAGCAUCUCAAUAUUGGUGGAACAUUUAUCACCGAUGAAUCAUUGUAUGCAGUUGCGAAUAACUGUACGAAUCUGAAGAGCAUCAUGCUGUGGAGCUGCCGCCAUGUCACGGCGGCCGGCCUGGUGGCGCUGGUGAGCAAGUGCCCCGAGCUGGCGUGCAUCAACGUCGGCGGGAUGAGGGUGUCGCCGGAGAGCUUCGCCGGCCUGCUCUCCAUCAGCCCUGCUCUGAGGAUCAGGUCCGUCCCGGAGAUCGUCAACGCCAGCGUGCAGAAGAAGAAAUGUAUUCGCAACAGAGCCUCCCAAGAACAACUGACUACAUUGACUGACAGAUUUACCGACGAUCAGAAGGGAGCUGCUGCUGAGAUGGGUAUGCAGGCUCUGAUGAAUGUCCGGUGCACGAAUCUUGUCAACCAUGUCAUGUUCCCCAUGUUCCAGGAGUUUGCACCACAUGACUCACACGACAAGUGUGCUGAUGCAAACCUUACUUCGUAUGCUGAAUUCUUCAUCAACAACGUCAAAGAGUCAUGGAACCGUCACUACGAAAACUCAAAGGUCAAGAUCAGACAUUUCCCAAUUGAGUACGUGGCGACCACGAAUCAAGGGAACACGACGGACUGUGGCUUUCACACGUUGGAAUACUUUGCAAAGUGGGAAGGUAGACUUGUCCCCGCUGUCACAGCUGCAAUGGUCGUUGAGCUCCGGAAAAUUUACACAUGGAACUGGUUGACAAAUGAAGAUUUCAACAAGCGGUCCAGAGCAUGCGAGUUCAUGGAGGAAGCUGUGAAGAAAGUCAUCAAGAAGUACAAGUGA